AUGUUAAGUAUGGCUCAAAAGUUGGACUUGGACGAAUUAAUUUGCAAAUUAUUGAAUGUUGGAAGCCCGGGAUGUAGUUUGACGAAAACAGUUAAAGAGCAAGAAAUUAUGCAUUUGUGCUCGCUAGCUAAGGAGGUUUUCUUAUCGCAAAAUUCAUUGAUUGAGGUUGAUCCACCAAUCCGGAUUUGUGGUGAUACACACGGUCAAUAUGCAGAUUUACUUCGAUUAUUUGAUCGUGGUGGCUUCCCACCUUUUGUUAAUUAUUUGUUUCUCGGCGAUUACGUUGAUCGUGGAAGACAAAAUCUUGAGACUAUAUCUCUGCUUCUUUGUUACAAAGUAAAAUAUUCCGAGAAUUUUUUCCUACUCCGCGGUAAUCACGAGUGCAGUGUUAUCAAUCGAGUCUAUGGCUUCUUCGAAGAAUGUAACCGUCGUUAUCAAAGUGUACGGUUGUGGCAAACAUUUCAGGAAGUAUUUAACGCGAUGCCAUUUACGGGCCUAGUUGCUGGUAAAAUAUUAUGUAUGCAUGGUGGUCUAUCACCACAACUGAAAAGUAUCGAUCAGCUUCGACAGAUUACUCGACCUAUCGAUCCUCCAAAUCCAUCUAUUCACAUCGAUUUGUUGUGGUUUCUAUUCUAUAAUUACUUGCAGUCAGAUCCAGACCCCUCUGUAAAAGGAUGGCAAGCAAACAAUCGCGGAUUAUCUUACACGUUCGGUCCUGAUGUUGUCAUGGAAACGUGUCAAAAACUUGAUAUUGAUCUCAUUGCUCGAGCUCAUCAAGUUGUUCAAGAUGGAUAUGAAUUUUUUGCGAAUCGUAAAUUGGUAACAAUAUUUUCUGCUCCUCAUUACUGCGGACAGUUUGAUAAUGCAGCUGCAAUGAUGAAUGUAGACGAAUCGCUUGUUUGCACAUUUCAAAUUCUUCGCCCAUCGAUGAAAUGUGGAAAAGUUGUGCCAAAGUAA